AGCGAUGACCAUCGAGCCAUCCUUACCAAGCUCCUCCAGAUAUCCAAACUCACCAACCAUGAGAUCGCGUGGGUGAUGGGUGUGGAUGAGCGGACGGUGCGUCGUCGUCGAGCUGAAUAUAUCCAAACUGGCCAGUUGGCCAAACACAAGGAUGUCAGCAAAAAUGCUGAGAAGUUCAAGGAGCACCACCUCGAGAAGCUGUUGGCUUGGCACAAAGACCAUCCAGAUGCCCUUCUUGAUGACAUGCAGUUGUAUCUGAAGACAACAACUGGCCUCGAAGUCAGUCUCCCGACCAUCAGCAGAAAGCUCAAAAAGGCCUAUGGGACCAUGAGAAGAAUAGGCCGGUGUGCUCGCAUCAAAUCGAGGAAGGAGCGAGAAGCUGAGGGGCGUUCCAUCGCGUCUGAGAUUCAACAGCAAACGCAGGCCGAUGAGCAACGUCAAGAACAGGCGCAUGAACAGAGUGUUGGCCCCUUCACCGCAACCGAUGACAAGUCAAGCAGCGAGUCUGGUUCUAUGGGUGUGUCGCCUCUUCGACAAGACUCGCCUUUCCAGCUCCAAGGGGAUGCUCAACAGCAAGCUGUCCAACCGCAAAACAGUCAGCAACAGCCGCUGCCACAACUGCAACAACGACCGCAACAACAGCCUCGGCAACAACACACACAACCACAUCACCAGCUUCACCAUCAGUAUCAGCACCCACUCCCACCUCAGCAACAACAGCAACACCAGAUUCACAGCACAACACAGCCACAACAGCAACAGCAGCAGCAACAGUUUUUGGCGCCUAGAAAUACCUAUCGCGGCACCAACGCCGCAAGGUUCGAAGUCAGGUAA